AUGGAAGAAUUUAAGCUUAGUGAUGAUGUACUUGAGCAAAUAAAAGAUUUUAAUUACAAUUAUUACUCUUUAACAGACGAACAAAGAUCAUUAAUUGAUAAGCUAAUAUUAAAUGAAGAACUAAAAGAACGUUAUAAAGAGAAUGGUUUAUGCCAAGAUUGUAAGCAACCUAAUACUGGUGAAACUUGGUGUAAGUCAUGUAAUUCUAAGCAUUUUCAACAAAAUUUCAAAAAUUGGACUAGUGGAAAUGAUGAAGUUGAUAAGUUUAUUCAAAAAAUGCAACUUAAAGCUAAAGAUUAUAGAGAAACCUUAGAGUGGAUUGAAUAUGAUAGAUUUGAAAAUGUUGAAUAUUUGGCUAAAGGAGGAUUCGGAACUAUUUAUAAAGCAAUUUGGAGAGAUGGGUAUAUAAGGGAAUGGGAUUCUGAAAAUAAUCAAUGGAAGAGAGUUAAAUUUUGGGAUAAGGAUUAUGAAAAUUUUCCAGUUGUUUUAAAAUGUUUACAUAAUUCUCAGGAUAUUACAGACUUUUUAAGAGAAAUGGAAUCACAUACUAUUACGAGUUAUGAUGAUUAUAUAGCUCGGUGUUAUGGCAUUACUAAAGAUCCAAUAUCUAAUGAUUUUAUGAUGGUAAUGUUCUAUGCAGAAAAUGGCAGUUUAAGACAGCUUCUAAAUGAUAGUUUUAAUUCAAUGAAAUGGGAAAAAAAGGUGGAUACCUUACAAAGGAUUGCAAGAGGCCUUAAAAACAUUCAUGAACAAGGAUUAGUUCAUUGUGAUUUUCAUUGUGGUAAUAUAUUAAAUAAUGUAAGAAAUUCAACUUAUAUCACUGAUUUAGGAUUAUGUCGACCAGCAAAUGUAAAACCUUCUCAAAAUGAAUGUGAAAAACAAGUAUAUGGAGUAUUGCCUUAUGUUGCGCCUGAGGUUUUAAGAGGAAAAGAAUAUACUCAAAAAAGUGAUGUUUAUGGAUUCGGAAUUAUUGCAUAUGAAGCCAAAAUCAAAUUAUAA